GAAAAAUUGGCGUUUUCCCGUUUGCUGGAUAUUCCUCCUCUCCUCUCUGCUACAGAAGAAAGGAAAAACCAUCCCACAAACCCUACUCCAGUUUUACAUCACCCCCUUUUUUUUUUUCUUUUUAAUUUAAUUCUUUCCGAUACAUACAUACAUACAUACAUACAAAUCUCCGUCGGUGUAUUUCUCGGAGAGGUUCGACCAAUAAUUUAUUUUAAUUAAAUUAAAAAAAAAAGAGAUGGGCGAUCGAUUUUACAACGAUUUGGAAAUUGCGUUGUCCUCCUUUUCCAUACCGAGUAUUGAUGAUUAUAAUGAAGAUGAAGAGGAAACGGAUGGAGAGUACGAGGGGGAAGAAGUCAACGAUGUGGAAACUGAAGAGAAAUUUGAAGAAUUGGCUUGCCCCUUUUGCCUCGAGGAUUUUGAUGUUCUUGGAUUGUGCUGCCACAUUGAUGCCGACCACCGAAUGGAGGUUAAGCCCGGGAUUUGUCCCGUUUGUGCUACGAAGGUGGGCAUAAACAUGGCUUCACAUGUAAUCAUGCAACACGAGAGUAUUUUAAUUACUCUCUGCAAUAAGAAGCACCGUAAUGCUCACUCUCGGUCAUCAAUACUUUUACUGAGGAAAGAGUUGCAAGAGAAACAUUUACAAAGUAUUAAGAAAUCUCAUUCUCUUGCGUCUUCCUCCGACGUGGCAGCCGAUUCCAUGCUUAUGUCAUUUGUCAAUAAUCAACAACCUUCUUACAAAACCCAAACCAUCAAAGUUGCUUCUCCUACUGAAGCGAGCUUGUCUGGAAAAGGUUCCCAUGAUGUUUCGUCAGAGAGAAUAACGACCCUGUCAACAGACGGGAAUAAUGACAGGGCGGCCAAACGGUGUGAGUUUAUACAGGGAUUGCUGUUAUCCACGAUUCUUGACGACUUAUGAGUAUCUGGAUUAAGGCCAAAGCUGCAUAAUUUUACAACUAGUUAUUGACAGAAAGGGCCAUUAUCGUCAUUUCUCGUGUUGCCUUGGUCUGUUCUGUCUCGAGCAGUUAGUAUAUAGUAGUAAUGAUAUGAACAGCUAAUGUACUGUGAUACCUCAGGACCAUGGUCAGUUCCUGUGUUUCCUGCUUUGUUCUUGCAGUUUCUGCUCCAUCAACACACACAUUUUUCUUUCAUAAUUUCAAUUUUGUGAUUGAAUUAU